AUGAAUUCUGAUCAACAUCAGACGGUUUUCCCGUGUACGAUCUCAAAAUGUAAUAACAAAUCAUGUGUUUUGUGUUAUUGUUGUCAAAAAAAUUAUUGUAUUCAUCAUUUAAUUGAACAUAAUGAUUCAAACAAUAAUAAAUUAAAUUUGUUGAAUGAUGAAAUCAAUAAACUUGAUCAUGAAAUUAAGACAUUGAAUAUUCAACCUUUAGUUGAAAAUUGUCGUCAAAAACUUGAACAAUGGCGUAUGGAAUCUUAUCAUAAGAUUGAUCAAUUUUUUGAACGAAAAUUUCAUGAAUUUCAUCGAUUUAUCGACGAGAAAUUCGAUCAUCAACGAAUGGAAAUACGUCGUUUACAAUCGAAAAUGACUGAAUACAAUCAUAAACAGGAAAUAUAUGAUGAAGAAUUGUAUUCAUUAAUACCGAUUAUCGAUAAUCUUCGAACAGAAAUAAACAAUUUUAAACAAAUAAACAAUCAGAUGAAUAUUCAUCCAUUACCAAUAGAUGACAAUGUAAUUAAUAUCGACAAUAUAAACGUGCAUAAGUUUAAUCUAUCGACUCUAUCAACUAUUUAUAAAACAAUCAACCAUCCUCAUGGAAGUUAUGGAACAUUAGCUUGUAAUGAUAAAUUUAUGUUGAUAUAUCUAGUACCAAACUUAAUUUUAAUUGAUAAACAAUUAAAUAUAAUCAAUCAAGUUCUAUGGCCUUAUAAAACAAUUUCGAAUAUAUGUUGGUCAUCAACAUUAGAUCGAUUUCUUAUAAUUGAAAAAAGUAAAAUCUAUCUUGUUAAUGAUCAAACAAUGUCUAUUGAAAAUUUACAAAUGAUUGAAAAACAAAUAUGGUUUUCUUGUACAUGUUCUGAUACAUCUCUUUUUUUAUCAUUAGAUGAGAUAAGUUCAUCAAUUAUGGAAUUUAAUCUUCUACCUUCAAUCAAAUUAGUCAAUAAAUGGAAAUCUCCUUAUACAUGCAAUAAGAAUGAAUACAUCGAUAAUAUUGUUUAUGAUAACUUUAAACUUGCCUUGAUGAUUACAAAUAAACUUCAGAAGUCUGUACGUAUGGAAUUAAGAUCAUCUAAAACACUUCAACAUAUCUGGUCACUUCAACUUGAUAUUGUAUGUUGUCAAAAUAAACCAUUUCGUUGUUGUUCGAUUAAUUCUAAUGAAUGGUUAGUGGCUGAUUAUCAGAAUCGACGUCUAUUACAUAUCACAGAAGAUGGAAAUUUGAAGACAAUGAUUACAUACGAUUCGAUUCCUUGUCAUGUUGUCUUAUUUGGCUUAGACACAUUAGUUAUAUCAAGAAACAGUGGCAUUAAUUUUCACAGAUUAGAAGUUCUUAUAUAA